GUGUGCAGCAGUUCGGCGACGGCGGUGGUUCAGCUUAGCCACUAGGACCGACUGACUGACUGGUGGCGAAAAUUUUAACACAGUUAAGUAACGAGACGCAGCACCGCUGCGGCAACAGUUCAAGCUCGGACCGCAAACUGGUCACAUCGCUUCUUUGAUGAACACGAUAGUUGUGCCACGAAUUUCGGCUAAUUUUUCUUUGAAUGAGAUUGCACCGCCACGUUUGAGGAGAUAGUUAUCCGGAUAGUUGAUUGGAACGUGAAAUUUUUCAUUUUUUGGGAUUGUGCAUAUUUCGAUGGUUGUAACUGGCGCGGAUUUCGCGUGGAUGGUGUUUUGAAGGAAACGUGGAAUUCGGUGUCCUCGAGACAAGUGAUUAUAGCUGCCAAUACAGUAGUUAGUGACUGGUGUGAAAAGCGCGGCUAUAAAAAUAAAUCAAAAAUUUGAGUGUCAGUUUUUUGGGGAGGAAAAUUACGGUGGGACGAGAAGAGCACCGAGUGCAAGUGCAUCGCCACAUUCGCAUGCAAGUAGUGAAACGAAGAAUCGGGAGAAAAAGCAAAUAAAUAAAAUAGCAGUGCGGAGGCAAAUAUAAGCAGAUAAAAUUAAAACAUUUUCUGACAAGUUCGACGAAGUCGGAAAGGCGGUCGAGGCGAAAGGAAGACGCUUAAGAAUUCGGCCUUUGGGUGAUACACGUCUUUUUGGAGGCAUAUGCGGUUUUAUGAAAAGCACGAGAGGUUCGAUCGUUAUCAACGCAAACGAAAACGUGUUCCACUAUAGGACCGAGCGAGUCCAUAUCUCAGGUGGGAAGAAAAUAAAUACAGGUUCGUGAAUAUUUGUACAAGAGUGCUUGGCGCCUGGGAAGAAGUAGAAAAUUGUGGUGGCGCUCUCAGAACAAGUGGUUAUCGAAAAGAUUGUUUGUGUCGAAGCAGUCGUAAGAAGAAACCCGAACAAAUUUGCAUAUCGCGUAUUCUGCUAAACCUAAUUCAGAGUGAUUGUGUGAGUUUGUUCGACGGCGGCUGAAAAUACCUAUCAGCCUUCGCUUCACCGAGAGUGCAUUUCUCGACGCCUUUUCUGCCUCCUACAUCGUCCGGCGCUGGAACGCACAAUUUAAAAGUAUAAUCCAUCCAACUGAAACACUCGUAGAAAUUAUACUUUGGGUGAUCACGCAGCUCCCGUAGUAUGGCUUGACGUGUCCAACUACCUACCGACUCCAUCAACACUUGCGGAAACAACGAUCAAUUAACGCUAAUAACCGUACAACCAAGUUACGUCCCGAACACCCCGACACAUACUAUGAACUAUGGGUAAACCGGUGCAAAGCAGACAACCUCCGGACACCGGUGGCCUUCACCAGCAUCCGACGACGACGACGACAGCUCCAAUCCCAAAUCCCCCAGCCAUCGAAACUUGCGUCAACUGCAAGCGAACCCGGCAUCCACUCCCGCAUCACAGACACUCCCACCGAUAUCCCCACCACUACCAGCAUCCCCAUCUCCAUUCGAUAUCUCCGUCCACCAAAUUCGGACGGCUCCUUCUUAGUCGUAGCAGUAAUUUAUCGAAAUUCCUGAUUUUAUUGUUCCUAUCGAUCUGUGAUAACCGGGCGUGUCGGACGCUCCCAACCCUGGCCGAGGCCGCUUCCGUAGACAGUAGCAGUACCAGUAGUACCACCGUUCCCAUUCUGGCGGCCACCAUCGCCGCCAGUAGCAGUAGUAGUAGCAGUACCACCCCUAGCAGUAGCAGCAGCACCAGCAGCAGUAGUCAGAACGAAGUUUCAAGUGAUAGUGAAAGUAGUGUGGUGGCGUCGGUGGCGGCGACGUCGUCGUCGUUCAAUCGAACCAAACUGCAGGAGAUCGUCAUGGAGGGACUAGGGCUGAGUGAGAUUCCAGACGUUCGCGCGAUGAAUAUCAGUCAGCAAGAAUAUGAAACCAAAUAUCGAGAGUACCUGGAACGAGUCAAUCGACGCAACAGCCUCCGGCGACUGCUGAACCACCAACAACGGCAGCCGGAACACUUUGAGACUGACGAGUACGACUAUGCGGAUGAGGCUGGGCUUUCGGAGCAGCGCUUUCUCUACAGUUUCGCGAAUUCAGAUCACAAGCUGAAUCAUCAGAAUCUGCGGCGCAAACGGUCUCUGAACAACAACUACGAUCUGGUCUAUAUCCGGUUUGAUAUACCAACCAGAAAUGCUACCACCGGUGAGCUCACCGGCCUGAAUUCACCAUCCAUAUACAACAGUCCAUCCAGCAGCCAUCACCACCACCACCAUCAUCAGCGGCACCAGUCGGAGCUUCCACCAAUCUCACCGGAGAACAUCGAAGAAUCAUCACUAAACAUAAUGUUAACCAGAAGACAAAACAGCGAGCACAGCACAAAUGCGAACAGUAAACAUCAACAGCAAUCCUCGUCGCCUGCAAUUGCCCUUGUCGAGGAUCAUGCCCCCGCUCAGCACCGAAGGCGCGCGGGAAGAAUCAAAUUCAAACACAACAGCAGCGGUGUUGGAGGCAGCAGCAGCUUGGCGUCGGACGGUGGCAACACCGCCAGUCACCAGCGAUCGGGAAAAAGCGUCAAUUUACACAUCUACCAACUGGUCGAACCCUACGAACGGCACUGGUUGACAUCGAAAACGAUCGCCGUGGCGGACCUUGCGCUCAACGACAAAAAAUGGUUCCAAUUACCGUUGGACGAGGCUGUGCGCACGUGGCUCGACGGCUCCCGCAAGAAUCUCGGACUGGAAAUCUACUGCGAAAAUUGCUACAACAAUGGGAUUUUCGUUAUCCAUGACUCGUCGCCGUUUUUCAACAACUACGAAGAAACCCCGGUUCUGAACGUGGUCGGAAAACUGGUGCAGCGCGAAAAGCGCUCCAAGGUGCACCAGCGUUACAAACCGACCAUGCGGGAUUAUCUCUCGCCGCCCAAACUGACCACGUGCACACCGAACAACAAACGCUGCUGCCGGCACCCUCUGCUGGUGGACCUGCGGGACAUCGAAGGCUUCGAGUACAUCAUCCAGCCGAAGCUGUUCGAUGCCGGCUUCUGCCGGGGUCGGUGCCCGUCGAAGUUCAAUCCGGCCAGUCAUCAUGCGCUGAUCCAGAGCUUGCUGCACGAACAUUACAAGUACGACGUUCCGAAGCCGUGCUGCGCUCCGUCCCGGAUGGAUCACAUCGAUGUGCUGCAUGCCGACCCGAAGAAUCCCCAGCGGCUGAAGGUGACCACGUGGAGCAACAUGCGAGUCAUCGAGUGCGCUUGCUCGUGAUUCUCUUGCGUUGACAACGAGGAUGACCAGUAGAUCGUUAGAAGACAAAAAAAAUGCUUGGGGAUUCGCCGGUUAAGCAAAUACAGUGAUGACUCGAUUUUGCUAACCCUUGAUAUUGUGCACUCGGCAUUACUAAAACUAAUUUCAGUUAAUGUGUUGGUGUCAUUUUAGGAAUUACUCUAGGGAUUUCUGCAGGGAUCUGUUUAGGGGUUUCUUUAGGGGGUUCCUGUAAUGAUUUUUCCGAUUUUUCUUUUAGAAUUUCUUUAGAGAUUAAUCUUACAAUUUCUGCAGACAUCUCAUUUAAAGUUUCUGGUGGGAUUGCUCCAGGGAUCUACGGAGGAUUCCACCAAAAACUCAUCCAGAGAUUCUUUCAAGGAUUCUUCUAGGGAUUCUCCAAAUAAUCCUUUAGUGAGUCUUCCGGGACUCCCUACAAUUCCUCCUGGGAUUUCUCUGGGGUUUUCUCUUGGGAUUCAUUCAUAAAAUCUACCAAGGAUUCUUCCAUGUUUUCCACCAGGGAUUCCUCUGGGGAUUUCUCCAGAGUUGUUCAUAAUUUUCCCAGGAUUUCCACUAGUUAUUUCCCCAGCGAUUCUUCCAGUAAUCUCUCCAUGAAUUCUCUAUUCCUCGAGGAAAUAUUCCAGGUAUUUUUCGAAGAACUUUCCCAAGGAUUUCUCUAAAGAUUCCUCUGUGAAAUUCUAUAAUUAUUCAUCUAGUAGUUUCUCAAAGGAUUUCUCUAUGAAUUGCUCUAGGGAAUUCUGCUGGAAUUCAUCCAGAGAUUCCUCCACGGGUUUUUUUCCAUGGACUCCGCUAGAGAUUUUUCCAGGAAUUUCUCAAGGGAUUUGUCUGGGAAUCGCUCCAGAGAUUCUCCAGUGAUUUCUUCGAACGUUCUUUCAGGGAUUCCUCCUGGAGUUCAUUCAGGGAUUUAUUCACAAAUUCCAUCAGGGAUUCCACUAGUGAUCUCUUAAGGAAUUGAUCUAUGAAUUCCUCUGUAAAGUAUUCCAGGAACUUAUCUAAUAUUUUUCCGAGGGAGUGCUAUAGAGAUUCUUAUACAGAAUUAUCUAGGGAUCUUUCUUAGAAUUUCUUCAGAGAUUCCUGUAGGAGAUGCCUGUCAAGGGGCUGAUAAAAUCUAAUCAUCACUGUAUUUGUAACUGUUGUGCCAAUAGGGAAACUUUACUAUUUUACUUAACCGCGGAUUUUCAUGCAUUUUUUUUUCUAAAAAUGAUCAGACCUAGUGACCAGGUUUUGCAUUUAUUCUGGGUUAUGAACCAAAACAGUACGAACUACCAGAAAACCGAUAGUAUUAUUUAUCAUCAACGACACAUAGAAUUUACUAGAUACAAAACAGAAGAAGAAAAAUAUCAGCCAUUAAAAGCCAAAACUCAAGCAAAAAGAAGCAACCGAAGCUAUUACCGAGAUCUUUCCGAUAUGUUUUAGAGGUUCCAGUCCCUGAACAGGACUGUUCCACAUGUGCUGCAACAUGCGUUGAAAGUUCCCUGAAUGUAUAGUAUCCCUAGCCGCUAGUUCUUGCAUCUGAAGUAUUUAUAAACUUAUUUAUUUUAGUAGGAAAUCGUUAAGUUCUCGAAACACUCGAACACUCAGCCACCACCAUGCCAAAGGAUACCGAUUAAAACUGGCUGACUUAGGAUAAUCAUCUUUUUUCCGACAUUACUUUAUUUCGGUAGGAGGAAACCCAUUGUGUUGUAAAUAGAGCGAACCGACCCCGACCAUUUGUACAAUGUUAAUUUAUUGAGCCUUCCGUAUUUUAUAGAUUGUUCUCGUAUUUCCUAAGUGAUCUAAGAGCGUUCAUAUUUAUGUCCAGAAAUUCUAACAAAACUAUAUUUUGUACCUUUUUGACGAUGCAAAUGAACAAAGUGAACAGAAAACUACUUAUCAUGUCAUGCCAUCCCAAGUAACAGAAACGAGAAAAAAAAAUGUUUAAAUAAACACUGUUUGUAGGUCUAGACAAAAUCUGGAAAAAAAAGAGAAAUAAUGCUUUUUGCUUUGAUUUGUGUCCGAACUGAAUACCAUUAACCCCCCGCAUAAUCACGAACUGUUAAUGUAACGUAUCUCAUACUGUGGAUGACCAUAAGCAAUUGUCUUUUAACCAAUUCCCAGACUGUCCGAGAUAACAGUAAGAUAACCAUUCUAUGUAUAGAUUUGCCAGUUUGAGAAAUGGUAAGCCGGCAAUUUACAGUAUGUAGAAUAGGCGGUUAAGAUUGGUUACCAUAAAAAAUCGCUCGUUUUCUCGAACAAAUUUUUCGCAAUACAGUAAAGGAUACGGUCAAUAUAUUAUCCAGUUUUUCGUACAAUUCAUUGCAUAGCAUAUGUUUAGAGAACAGUUGAACCAUAAAUUUGGGAGAAAAGUGAAUAAUGUAUGUGAUACUGGUGAUUUAUGGUUAUUCACUGUAGAAUACCAGUAAACCGUAUUGUACAUAUUUAGUUAUGUAGACUAUUUUGUACUGUUUUUUUUGUA